AUGAGCAAUAGGUACCCGUGCCACUUGAGAGCCAAGGUCGAGUGAGUCGGAUCGGACGCAGACUGUUUUCACCGUUUUCAUGUCCGCCUGGCCUGCGCUGACGGGUCUUCUCCUACUUGGGUGUGCAGCCACGCUUUGAAGCUCAUUGCCGACGAGGGUCUCGUUCACGGGGAUGAAGGCGCGCGGAAUGUUCUGCUUCGACCAGACGGUCGGAUCUGCGUCAUCGAUUGGGGUGAGGCGCAAUGGAGAUGA